GUCUGUCUCCCGGAAGUUUGAAACAACCAGUGGGAAAGGCGCUGACAUGUCGCCACAUGUAGCUGUGGUGUAGGAGAUGCUGCGCUGGGCUGUCGUGGCGGUCCCCAUGGGUUUGCUGCUGUCCCGGACCAUGUCGUGGAUGUCCAGCGGCAGAACUCACCCAGAGCUGGUCAGCAGGCUGAGAGAUCACAGUGUAAUCAAACAUGAUAGAGUCUUUGAAGCCAUGCUUGCAACAGACAGAGGACUGUACUCCAGAGAUUAUCCUUAUGCCGACUCUCCACAGUCCAUAGGCUACAGAGCUACCAUCAGUGCUCCGCACAUGCAUGCCCAUGCUCUGGAAAUACUGAAAGACAAACUAAUUGAUGGGGCAACUGCUCUGGAUGUGGGGUCUGGAAGUGGUUAUCUUACUGCCUGCUUUGCACGAAUGACAGGUCCUACUGGUCGAGUGGUGGGUAUUGAACACAUUGAUGAACUUGUGAAAAUGUCUGUUAAAAAUGUGCAAGCAGAUGACCCAGAGCUCAUUUCCUCUGGUCGUAUCAGGUUUAUUGUUGGUGACGGGAGGCUGGGGCACCCAGAAGGGGCACCAUAUGAUGCCAUCCAUGUCGGAGCAGCUGCAGCUACAGUUCCUAAGGCGCUGCUGGAGCAACUGAAGCCAGGCGGGAGGCUGGUUCUUCCAGUUGGUCCAGAUGGUGGCAGUCAAGUCUUAGAGCAAUAUGAUCGACAGAGUGAUGGCACCUUCCUGAAGACGCCGUUAAUGGGAGUGGUCUAUGUCCCACUCACUGACAAGAGCCAUCAAUUUCCUGGAGGGGAGCUCUGAUGGCGUGUUGUUGCUCCUACAGGAGAUGGUGCUGGUGCUGUGCCUCUGGCCCCAAGUAAUGCUUAUGUGGCCUGUUGCCCAGAGGACAAUGUGACUGCGUCUCUACUAGUCUUCCUGUUUUCUUGGAUUGUUCUUUUCAUAGGGACAAACGUGCUGCUAACAAAAUGAUUCUCAAUUUAUAAAUGGUUAUGUUUAUAA